AUGAGAAAGCGAGUAGUUGAUAUGGUUAAUAACAAAUAUUUAUCUAUCACUCAAGUUUCUCAAUGCCUUCGCCUUGCAUCUUCCAUGGUUAAAAGUAUUGUAAAUCGCUUUGAUGAAGAGGAUCAAAUUGUUCUUAAACCACGUGGUGGUGACAGAAGAUCCAAACUAAAUUCUGAGCAUAGAAUUUUUUUAAAAACACAAAUGGAAAUAAAUCCAAGUAUCAUGAUUAAUGAAUUGCAUCAAAAUCUUCUUGAACGAUUUUCUGAUUUACAACAAAGAAUUAAUCUGUAUCAUGAUAUUAUUUAUAUUGAUGAGUCUGGUUUUAAUCUUCAUUUAUUACAUUCACGAGAACGUGCACCUCGUGAACAACGUGCUAUUAAGGAAGUUCCUAAGCAACAUGGAAAAAAUAUCACUAUUAUUGCAGCUAUAGACGGGAAUGGCAUUGUUAAA